AUGGAAGGUGGUAUAGUUCUUGUUACAUGUGCUCAUAGCUCCCUUACACUUCCCUCGAUAGAACAUCUCCUCACAAGAUAUCCAAAAUACACCGCCGUGUUGACCGUCCGCAAUACAUCCGACGAGAAUACUCAAAGACUUCGGAAAAUACUAUCUGAUUGUCCUGAAGAUCGAUCAAUUAUUGAUACACUUGAUCUUGGCUCAUUAGCCGCUGUGGAGAGCUAUGCUGGUGUCAUCAACGCGGAUAUUGAUGCGGGUAGAUUGCCUCCUCUCGCAGCUAUCAUCUGUAAUGCUUUCACAUGGUGUAUUUCCGAUGGUUUGAAGUUUACCUCGGAUGACUACGAGAGUUUUAUGGCUGUCAAUCAUCUUACCCGCCUUUCGAUAGUCUUGAGGUUGUUGAGUUCAUUUCGGCCGGACGGGGGCAAGAUCAGUGGCCUUGAAAAGUUUCCCUCAAGCCUUCCUGACGAUUUGAGCUUCUUGUUCAUCCAACACCAGAUAAAGUCGGAGAAGAAGUUGGUCGUGGGUUUCAAAGAUAUGGAUUAUCGAAAGUGGUAG